UUUUGCAGUUAUUUAGCCCUCUUUAGGAAGUCGGGGUUUGAUCAGGCAUUACAGAGGACUAGAGCUGGUUGACUUAGGGCUUCCGGGCUUUCGGGCUUUCGAGGAGGCGGCAGUUGCAGUCGGAUUAAGGAAAGGAGUUUCCCGAGAAGGAGAGGCAAUUUACAAGCUAAUAUUUGCAGAGCGAAUUGACUGCUGAAUCCUGUCUGAAGGUACCAUCUUUCACAAAACCCUUAAAUAAAUUCCUAUUUGCAGAGCAUUGCGUUCUCAAAAAUAAAAAUAAAUCUUCUCUCGGAGUGUUGCAUGGUGUGGAGGUAAUGGAAGCAACUCUGUUAGGGAGCCUUCCGGCCCCAAAAUCCUCUGGCGCGACAAAGUAUGAUUUUUCAUCCGAUCCAUGGUUUAAAAAUCGGGUGGAAGAGUCCAAGCCUGCUGUAAACACAAAAACUAAACAAAUCCCUCCUUAUGGAAAAAGGGCUGGAUUUGUUCCACGCAAGGCCGAAGAUUUUGGGGAUGGCGGCGCGUUUCCUGAAAUCCACGUCGCGCAAUACCCUCUCGAUAUGGGGCGAAAGGAAGAAAAGAAGGACACCAAGAUUCUGCCGGUUUCAGUCGACGCGCAAGGCAACAUUGCCUUCGAUGCGAUCGUCAAACAGAACGAAAAUGCCUCGAAAAUCGUGUAUUCACAGCACAGGGAUCUGGUGCCGAAGAUCGAGAGUGAAAUUAGCAAUACAGAAAACAAAGAGGAUGAAGAAAGGGAAAUAGAAGAAACGACCCUAAGAACAAAGGCGGCGCUUGAGAAAAUUGUAAACGUCCGCCUUAGCGCGGCGCAGCCGAAGAAUGUUCAGCAACAGUCGUCUACGGCUACGCAUAUAAAAUACACGCCUUCGCAGCAGUCGGCGGAGUUUAAUUCUGGUGCAAAGGAAAGGAUAAUUAAAUUGGUGGAGAUGCCUAAAGACCCACUGGAGCCGCCCAAGUUUAAGCAUAAGAGGGUUCCCAAGGCGUCGGGGUCGCCCCCUGUGCCUGUUAUGCACUCGCCCCCCCGCCCUGUGACUGUCAAGGACCAGCAGGACUGGAAAAUUCCGCCCUGUAUUUCCAAUUGGAAGAACCCCAAGGGUUAUACUAUUCCACUUGAUAAGCGCCUUGCCGCCGAUGGCAGAGGCCUUCAGGAGGUUCAGAUUAAUGACAACUUCGCCAAAUUGUGUGAGGCUUUGUAUGUGGCGGAGCAGAAGGCAAGAGAGGCCGUGGAGAUGAGGUCCAAGAUUCAGAGGGAGUUGAUGAUGAAGGAGAAGGAGAAGAAGGAGCAGGAAUUGAGGGCCCUUGCACAGAGAGCUAGGAUGGAGCGAAGCGGUGCCACUGCUGCUGCCGCUUCUGGUGUUGUUGGUGACAAAAGUAUUGGCGUUGUUUCUGGUAAAACUGGCGAAGUACCUCCAUUGAAGGAGGUAGUGGAGCCUGAUCGGGAUAGGUCAGUAAAGGAAAGUAAAGAGGAAAGAGAAGAACGGCUUAAGAGGGAGGCUCUUAGGGAAGAGAGGAGGAAGGAGAGGGAAAGGGAGAGAAGGUUGGAAGCCAAAGAUGGUCACCUAUCAAAGAAGAGCAAGAUUACGAGGGACAGGGACCGAGAUGUCAGUGAGAAGAUUGCUCUUGGAAUGGCCAACACAGGAGGAAAUGCUGCAAAUGGUGGGGAAGUUAUGUAUGACCAAAGGCUCUUUAACCAGGAGAAGGGUAUGGAGUCUGGCUUUGCAACGGAUGAUCAAUACAAUAUCUAUGAUAAGGGUCUGUUUACAGCGCAUAACACUCUCUCUACUUUGUAUAGGCCAAAGAAGGAUGCUGAUUCUGAAGUGUACGGAGGGGCGGAUGAGCAGCUUGAUAAGGUGCUUAAGACUGAUCGGUUCAGGCCUGAUAAGGGAUUUGCUGGUGCUACUGAGAGAGGUGGGCCAAGGGACAGGCCUGUGGAGUUUGAGAAGGAUGCAGAAGAAGCAGAUCCUUUUGGUUUGGAUCAGUUCUUGACAGAGGUGAAGAAAGGGAAGAAAGCAAUGGACAAAAUUGGAGGUGGAGGAACUAUGAAGGCAAGUGCUGGAUCUGGAAUGAAGGAAAGUUAUGAAGGAGGGUCCAGCAGGAGUCGAAUUGACUUUCAGAGGGGUCGUUGAUUUCAUCUCUGAUAAGACACUCAAAUGAAGGAUUCUAAUUUCAAAGAGUUCUUUUGUUGUUUGAUCUUAUAAUUUUUUGUACAUAAAUCCAAUUUGUGCCAGUUUCUACAUUUGGGAAAUAAUUAAAAUAACUUCUCUACUUUUAUUUGGAUAAGCUUUGAUAAGUA